CUUGAACGAUGUGAUACGCCGCGCCUGCGUAUUUCAAUAUAAUUCACAGUAAAAUUCUUAUGUAUUUUAUUAUUUACUGUGCAUUCUCUCAUCACUCAUAUUAUCAUCGAAUGUUUUCACUUUUUUUUAGUGUAAAAAAAUAUUUAUUGUGAACAAACAAAUAAUUUGUGUUAAAAAACUACAAAUUUUGUCAAUGCAGGAAAAGUCAUUCGAUCGUACGAUAAAAUAAGUCAAAAUACAGAAGUGAAUGUACCUGAAAAAUAUUAAAAAAAUAAAAAAAAAAUGAGUAGAGACACAACAAAAGUUAAAUUGAACCACAAUUGACGAUAAAAAGUGAUUCUGUUCAUGUGGUUUUAACAAAAAAAAAAAAGUUGUUCAUAAAAUUUGAUAUUCAGUCCAUAAAUUGGAACUUGAAUAUUCAUGAGAUUGAUUUAUGUUUAAGUUGUUGCUUAUUUAUUAAUUUUAACGUUCACACAAAAUGGCCACGUUUUCAGUAUGGGAUUAUGUGGUUUUUGGACUUAUGUUGGCCAUCUCUGCCGGCAUCGGGGUCUAUUAUCGAUGCACUGGUGGCAAACAAAAAACAACAAAAGAAUACCUGAUGGCUGAUCGAAGUAUGACAGUGUGGCCCGUCUCGUUCAGUCUCAUGGCCAGUUUCAUGUCUGCCGUCACCCUUUUGGGCGUUUCCAAUGAAAAUUAUCAAUUUGGAACGCAAUUUAUCGUCAUCAACAUUUCCUAUGGUCUCGCGACUCCGAUCGCCGCAUAUCUCUUUCUACCAGUAUUCUAUAGACUUCAAUCGAGCAGUGCCUACGAAUAUUUAGAGAAGCGAUUUGGCAAGGCGACGAGAUUUGUCGCAUCGGCCGCCUACACAGUGCAAAUGGUAUUAUACAUGGGAAUAGCGUUAUUCGCUCCAGCGCUGGCCUUGGAAGCGGUAACGGGCCUCCACAAAGACUGGUCUAUCAUAAUUAUCGGAGUAGUUUGUACUUUUUAUUCGACAAUUGGUGGCAUGAAGGCUGUGCUCGUGACUGACGUGUUCCAGUCGUUACUCAUGUUUGCGGCGAUUUGGUCGAUUAUCAUUUGGACCAUUAUCGAAGCUGGGGGAGUUGCUCCAAUUUUUGAAGCGGCAAGAGCGGGAGGACGAUUAGAAUUUUGGAAUUUCAGCGUGGAUCCCACAGUACGACACACAUGGUGGAGUCUCAUAAUUGGCGGCGGAUUUACAUAUCUUUCCUUGUACGCCGUCAACCAGGUGCAAGUUCAGCGAUUAUUGACCGUCAAAUCUCUGAAAAAAGCUCAAACUGCGUUAUGGAUCAACUGGCCCAUCCUCUCCUGCCUGUCUCUGUCAACGUCAUUUAGCGGUCUCUGCAUUUACUGGUACUACCGAACGUGUGAUCCCGUCGAAGAUGGUUACAUAUCGCAACGUGAUCAAGUAAUGCCCCUUUUUGUGGUCGACGCCAUGGGUCAUCUCAAAGGUUUGCCCGGACUUUUCGUCUCGGGCAUCUUUUCUGCGUGUCUUUCGUCGAUUUCUUCCGCUGUCAACUCACUGGCGGCCGUUUUCCUCGAAGACUACAUCAAACCCGUGUACAAAUGUGUCAGCAAAAAGCCUCUGGACGAGGGACAUUCGUCGUGGAUUUCAAAAUUAAUUGCACUCGUUUCCGGUUUACUUUGCAUCGGAGUCGCUUUUUGGGCGAAAAAUAUGGGAGGCGUGCUUCAAGCGUCUCUCACGAUUUUUGGCGUCAUUGGAGGACCACUUUUUGGUCUUUUUACGCUGGGAAUGUGCACGGUGCGAGGAAAUCAAAGAGGAGCAAUUUGUGGAGUGUUAUUGGGAUUGGCAUUCACGGCGUGGAUCGGAUUUGGGGGUCCGAAACCAAUUCCGCCAUCACUACCGUUCCUCAAUAGCACCACAGGAGACUGCUCGAUGUUCGACAGGAACAACACGAAAGUCUAUGAAAUGUUCCAGGUGCCAAUGUUUGAUGUCACGCCGCAAACACCGACUGAAUUACCGCAAUUUGAGAGACUUUUGUCGCAAGACAGCGAUACCAAAUCGUUUUUGAAGGAGGAAAAGCAGCCGUCAGACUACUUUUACUUGUACCGACUUUCUUACCUCUGGUCCGUCGUUCUUGGCUUCUUAGUGAGUCUCGUGCUCGGCUACGUCUUCAGUUUUUGCUUCGAGUUGGCAAAUUGUGCGGGCGAAGACAAAAUCCACAUCGAUGGAAACCAGUUCAAGAUCAACUAUGACCUCUUCGUGCCACCGUUAGCGAGGCAUUUGAAGAGAAAACAGACAUUGAACUCACCGCAUCUAAAUGGCUCUGGCACGAAAUACACCUUUGAUGCCAACACAAUUACCAACACAAAGUUAUAAUGAGCAGUGAUUUAGUUUAAGAAACCACAAAAACAGCCAUUUGUGGUCACAAAAAGUCUUAAAAAUAUUUAAAAAAAAACAAAGUCUUCCAUACAAAACUUAAGGAAAAAGUUACUAAAAUGAGUUUUAAGGUGCUUAAUUUUAUGAAAAGUUACAAAAUAUCGACAGUUUUUAGCAAUAAGUCAAUGUUUAUUCAAUGUUUUUAUUAUUUAUAUAAAGUGAUUAUGCUCAAAACACAAUAAAAAAAACUGAA